GGGACCGCGCACCGAAACUUCGCUACCUCGUCGCGGCCGCGGACGGGCGGGGAGAGCUGGUUGAGAGCGGGAGACCUUCUACCCGCCCCGUGCGAGGUCUCCUUCAGCCACCAACUGGCCCUACUUCUAGUCCUCAUCCUCCUCUAAGAGUCUUCUCCCCUUCCCAUCUCCCACCCGCACUUUGAGCUCCCAGAAACUAAUGGGGCGGAGCCCAGGCGGGCGAGCACCUCCUCCGCCACUCCCAGGGGCGAGCACCACCUCCGCCACUCCCAGGGGCGGGGCUCAGACCUCGCGAGCUCCUCCCUUCCCUACCUGGGGGCGGGACCUAGGUCUCUAGACCACCCCUUCCCCCUGUUCUUGGAGGCGGGACCCAGGCACCAAGAGCUCUUCCCCAUCUUUUCCCCUGGGGGCGGGGCCCAGGUAUCCCAAGCUCCUCCUCCACCUCCCACUGUUUGGGGGGCCGAAUGCAACCCUCGAGAGCGCCUCCCUGUAUAGCUUGGGAACAAAGUUCAGGUCUCCUGAUCUUGGGGGCGGCACGACUUGAGAGCUUUUCCCACCAUUUCCCCUGGGGGCGGGGCCUAAGUUUUGAGAGCUCCUCCUUCCUUCCCCUGCUCUUGGAUGCGGGACCCAGAUCACGCAGACUCCUCCUCCCCUUGCUCCUGGGGGCGGGGCCUAAGCCUUGAGAGCCCCUCUCAUAUUACCCUGUGCUGGGCCCUGGACUUUAGACCUCCUCUACCCACUCCUGGGGCUGCGAGGGCUCCGGCUCCUCCUCCUCCCUCUGAGGGUGGGGUCCGCAAUCCCUGAGAGCGCUUCCUCCCAUUAACAACCUCCUGAAAACGGGACCCAUAAAUCGCGCGUUCUUUUCUUCUCCCUCUUCUGGAGACUGGAACCACAGCCUGGCUGUGUGAGCAAUCUUCCCUAGCCUCCUGGGGGCGGGGCCUAGGAAGGAGAGUUCCCUCCUCCCUCUCCCUUCGCCCUUGGGGGUGUAGUUCUGGCUGACUCCUCUCUCCUGAGAGCUGGGGGCCCAGUCUUUUACGCUCCUCCUCCCACACCCUUGGGGGCGGGACCUGCAGCGGUGCCUGCGACUCCUCCUCCCCUCUUCAGAGGGCGUGGCUGCACAGCCCCUCCCCCACACGUCACCGUAAAGGCGGGGGCGGGGCCACGUCCUCUAGUCCUGUCGGGGGCGGGGACCUGGUGACACGUCACUUCCGACCCUCGCUGCUAGGCGUCCGCUGUGGAAUGGCGGCUUUGAGGAGCUGGGUUCUUCGCAGCGUCAGCUCCUUUUUCAGGCAGCAUGUUCCAGUUGCAGCAAAGUUGAGGAGAUGCCGUUUCUCCGAUUUGGUGGGACCCUGGCACAAAACAGUGGCAGCAGGUUUUGGAGUAACCCUAUGUGCCAUUCCUAUAGCACAGAAGACAGAGACCCACUCUCUUAGUAAUGAAGCACUCAUGAAGAGGGCGGUUUCCUUGGUGACUGACAGUACCUCCACUUUUCUCUCACAAACCACAUAUGCGCUGAUUGAAGCCAUUACAGAGUACACGAGGGCGGUUUACACAUUAGUGUCUCUAUAUCGACAAUACUCAAGUUUACUUGGGAAAAUGAAUUCUCAAGAGGAAGAUGCAGUGUGGCAGGUGAUCAUAGGAGCCAGGGUUGAGAUGUCUUCAAAACAAGAAGAGUACUUAAAGCUAGAAGCAACUUGGAUGACUGCUGUGAGUCUGUCUGAGAUGGCAGCAGAAGCAGCUUACCAGUCAGGUGCUGAUCAGGCCUCAGUCACAGCUCGAAAUCACAUUCACCUGGUGAAGACUCAAAUUCAGGAAGUGCGCCAGCUCUCUCAGACGGCUGAGACCAAGUUGGCCGAGGCCCAAACUGAAGAGCUACUCCUUAAAAGGCCAGAGGAACCAGAAGGGGUCUCACCCCAGCGCCCAAGCACCGGGGGCUCUCCGCUGACAAACCAUGAACAGGAGGCCUACUUACGGGAGGAUUGAGGAGGCCUCUCCCUGUAGGCACUAACAUUGUGAAUAUGGGUAGUUUGAUUGCCUUUGAAAGCAAAGAAGGGAGUGUGGAAGCUGGGGUAGGGAAUAGCUCAGAGUUGUAAAACCUUUCCUGAGAUAGGCAGCAGGGUCCACGUGUUGGGACACUCAGAGAUCCCCUCCAUCUGUUGUCCUACACCUCCCCUCCUACUUUGUAGGAGGGCAAAAUGGGCAUUGUUCAUGGCCGUCUAGCUCCAUAUAUUGUUUAAACAUUCACGUCAUUGAAGCUGCCCUCAGCAGCCCUCUUGGGCUCUUCUAGUUGCCUUUUCCGAAAGAGAGGCUCAGGCUCCCUUAGUACCUGCGAAUGGGACACAGCCCUCUCAUACCACUAGUUUAAGUAGAAAGUUGACCCCCAUUUUCAACACUGUUCAAGUUUUCCUAUGUAAAUUAAGCAUCCGUUUCCUCUUAAGGGAUGUGCAUUGUUUGGGGUAGUCCUGUUUGUAAGGUUUGUUUUUUAAAAGCUUGCCUCCUUUGACUUGGCUUCCCUUUAGUCUGUGUGUGGCCAGGACAAGUGCCUGGGCAGGCCCUACUGGAAGGCCGGGCUGCACAUGUGGGGAAGGCACUUCAUGAAAUGGAUUUGUGCUUGGUUAUGAAAUGGGAGUCACUUUGAUGAAA